AAAAAUGUAAAAGGCAGAUGUAACAACUGGAGAGUUCACCGAUAAUCACUCAAAAGAACUCAGAAGGGAAAGAAGGAGAGAGAGAGAGAGAGAGAGAGAGAGAGAGAGAGAGAGAAAAGUUGGAAAGGAGGAAUCAAAUGAGCUAUGCAAUCGAAUAAUUCUCUUUUUUUUGAAACCUAAAAAAUCAAUUUAUGAAGAUCCCAAAUUUAUGAUAGAACUAGGGGAUAUUUGAAGGUUAGUUGGAGUUGGACCAACCUGCAUAAAUACUCUUCUCUGGCAGAGUUGGUUUUAAGGUUGAAAAUGGCUGCAAACCUUGAAAAAGUCUUCUUAUUUAAAUAUCAAUUUCAUUUGUUUAUCCCUCAAAUUGAUCUUUUAUUGUUAAAUGAUUAACAAAGGUUAUAUAUUAAAAUGUGAAACUUGAAAACUUUGAACAUUCUGACUUCACAUGGCCAACUCACACAAAUAAUAUAUAAAUUCACUGCAUGAAAUACUUCCACAACCACUCCAUAUCACUUCUAUGCCAUAAGCCAUUGUACCUUUCAUUGAGGCAGUAUUUCUUCAUGAAAGAUUGAACACAUUUCUGUUAUUUUAAUUUCAAGUUGUUUUUCAACUUUGAUAUUAAAUCUUUCUACACUUAAAUCCUUCCAAGAAAUUUCUUGUUCAACAUUCACCACCCUAAUUAUAUAGUUCCAAACUUCAAACCUAAACCAUUUUGAGGUUAUGAUAAAAACAAUACAAGAGCAAGCUAUUCAAAGCUGUUAAUAGGAACAAGCCUAAUUAUGGCCAAGAAACUUUCUUUCUUGUCUCUAGUUAUCUUCUUUGUUAUGUUAGCCUGCAGUCCUGUCCAGGGUCGAUACCUUACAGAAAAUCCAAGUUCUUUCAUGGCAUCUGAUGGGGUCAGUAGCAGUGUUCAGCAGCAGCCAUUUAUUAGUCUGAACCACUUGUUUUCAUCAGAUAGUAGUUGUGACGAGACAUAUGGAUUCUUGCCAUGCGCCACCACAGUCCUAGGAAAUAUUUUCCUUAUUAUUGCCUAUGGCUAUUUGAUGUUCUUGUCUGCUAAAUUGUUGUCUGAUGGAAGUGAGAUUCUUCUACAAAUUCUUGGUCCUGGCAUUAUUGGGGGUCUCUUCCUGCCGGUUCUGAGCUCUCUUCCUGAUGUAGCAAUCAUGCUUGCAUCUGGGCUAUCAGGGAGCAAAGAAACAGCUCAAAGUCAGGUUUCAGUUGGGAUGGGUUUGACGGCUGGAUCAACCGUUCUACUUCUGACAUUACUAUGGGGCUCAUGCCUCAUAGUUGGCAAGUGUGACAUUCAGGGUUCUGUAGCUGUGGACUCAAAAGAAGCAAAAAGAUUUAGUCUAACUGGAUCUGGAGUAACUACUGAUAUAUGGACAAGUCAUGCUGCAAGGAUCAUGGUUAUAUCUGUUAUCCCCUUCAUAAUAGCCCAACUGCCACAAAUCAUCCAAAAAACUUCUCAAAGCAGCAUAGCAGUUUUGGCUUCCCUCAUUGUCUCCCUAGGUUUAUUAGUUUUUUAUAGCCUGUAUCAGGUUCUUCAGCCAUGGAUUCAGAAGAGAAGAAUUGCAUACGCCAAGCAUAAACAUAUAAUAUCAGGAAUUCUAAAAGAUUUAAAAAUGCGUGCACUGGGAAGACUUUUCACAGUUAAUGGAGAACCCAACAAUGAUGUUAUACAGAAGUUAUUCAAGACAAUUGAUGGAAAUUCUGAUGGAUAUCUAACCGCAGCAGAGUUGAGGGCACUUUUUGAAGAGCUAGAAAUUGAUAUUAAUGAUGCAGUUGAUCAAGUAUUGAAAGAUUUCGAUACGUCUGGUGACUCACGUGUUGAUGUGGAUGAGUUUAUUCAUGGGAUCUCAAAGUGGCUUGAUGAGGCUAAGCAUUCUGCAAGACACUCCAAUGGCCAUAUAGCAGGAACAUCUAAACUUAUAACUGACUUUGGUCAGCAAACAAAGAGGGAACAAGAUCUGUUGGGGGAUCAGAAUGAUGAAGCUCCAGAAAAUAGUCCUGGAAAUCCCAAAUGGAAUGCCACAAAAGCAGGGUUGAUGUUGCUUCUGGGAACAAUUGUUGCUGCAGUGUUUGCUGAUCCACUUGUAGAUGCUGUUGAAAAUUUCUCAACUGCUUCAAGCAUUCCUACUUUCUUUGUUUCCUUUGUCAUCUUGCCUUUUGCUAGCCCCAGUGAGGUAGUUUCAGACCUAAUCUUUGCCAGCAGGAAGAAUUCAAAAUCUGCUUCCUUAGCAUAUUCUGAGAUUUAUGGGUCAGUGACCAUGAGCAACAUUCUUUCUCUAUCAGUAUUCUUAGGUCUUGUUUACUUUCGUGGGUUGACAUGGAAUUUCUCAUCUGAAGUUCUGGUAAUUCUGAUUGUUUGUGUUGUGAUGGGGCUAAUUGCCAGUUUCCGCACCACUUUCCCUCUUUGGAUGUGUCUGGCGGCCUAUGCACUUUACCCUUUCUCCCUGUUGCUUGCUUAUGUCCUUGACUAUGUUCUUGGUUGGGCUUAAACUCACAGUGCUUUACAAAGCAGGGGAAAUGAUAUCAGCAUUUUUAGGCUACUUUGAGCUACUUCAUUUCCAUAAGCUGACGUUCAACACCUGUUUUUUUUAUCAAUUAUUUUCUAUAUUGCAACCUGCAAGCAAAUCUAUCGGCAUUGUUCUUUUUUCAGAUUUUGUUCAGCCGGAUUAAAUUUUGUAAAACUUUCAACUAUUUCCCCACAUGCUCAUGGAAAUCAAUAAUCCAUCAUUUAAAUGAAACUCUCGUCCUGAGGUUUCCACCUGUUGUCUACACAGAUUAUC